AUGCCCAGCCCUAGUUCAGGGUGUUAUGGCAAAAGCAUUGAGAAAAGAAGAUGCUAUCAUGCUGUUAUGGUUGGAAUACUUGCUGACAAAGAGGAUGUGUUCUACUCUGAGCCUCAGAGGUAUGCUUACACUUUCCAGAACUACAUGUUCGUCACGAGGCUGAUGCAGGAGAAAGAGUUUACUUCUGGGGUUAAGCCUCUUAGGUUGAUGGAAAGGAGUGUCUUCAGUGACAGAAUGGUGUUUGUGAGAGCGGUUCAUGAAGCGAAGUGGAUGAACGAGAUGGAGAUAAGCAUAUACGACUGUUGGUUUGAUCAUGUAGUCUCCGCUUUACCUGGAGUUGUACCUGAUGGGUUUAUAUACUUGAGGGCGAUUCCUGACACUUGCCACAAGCGGAUGAUGCUUAGGAAACGAGCGGAAGAAGGUGGAGUGUCGCUGAAGUAUCUGCAGGAUCUGCACGAGAAGCAUGAGAGCUGGCUCCUACCGUUUGACAGUGGAAACCAUGGGGUGCUCUCUGUUAGUAAACCGUCUUUGCAGAUGGAUAACUCUCUCCAUCCUGAUAUCAAGGACCGUGUCUUUUACUUGGAAAUGAAUCAUAUGCAUUCUAGCAUCCAGAAGGUAAAAGUUAUCUCAUUUUGUUUGUGUGCUAAAUGUCUAAAGAUAAGAGUUUGCUUAUAGACUGGUUAAUAAUUGGUUUUGUAACAGGUCCCUGCUUUGUUUUUGGACUGUGAACCAAAUAUUGACUUCAGCAGAGAUAUUGAAGCAAAGAGACAGUAAGUUCUUACUAAUAUUAAUGUCAUCAUAACUUGAGUUACUGAUAUGUUCUUGAUUGGUAUUGUUGAAGGUACACACGUAAAGUUGCUGAGUUCUUUGAGUUUGUGUAGAAGAACCAAGAAACGUCGCAAGAGCAGUCACCGUUGCUGAUGCCUCCUCAUAAUGGAGGUCUCUGGAUGGGACCAGAAGGGAAGCAUGUCCCGGGUUUAGAACUCCCGUCUCUGGGUUUCAGGAAGGCCGUCUGCGUGAGACUGUCCCCCACUGUUUUGUUUGCUCGGAAGGAGCAUUGUCAGGGUUAUCAUCGAAUGUCAAUACGUAUGAUCGGCUUUAUGUUUGGUUUGUUUAAGGAAACUUCUCACUACGGCUUUUAUACUCUCUCUUAGUUUAGUUAUUAACCCUUUUGUGUAGAGAAAGAUUUGAUGAUGUCUGGAUAAUUUUUAUUCUUAAUGUGUUUUGUUUCUUGAAAUCUCUUAUGGUCUGGAGUUUCAUUUGUCUCUAUAUUAGUCCCUAUCACAGCCAAACAAAUAUACAUCAAAGGAGUAUUUAAAGAAAAAGCGAAAUGUGCUUGGUCGUACAAACACUGCAUUUUCGUCCUAUCCAGGUAAGAGGUCCGAGGUGGAUCAUGGUGUUACAGCUGCUUCGUCUUUGUAAUCUCUUAGCGCAAGAAGCUUGAAACCCCUUAAGUGACAUCACAUGCCCUUUAACAAUGUAUGAAGUGUAGAAGCCGUAAAACCGGUUCGAGUUAAACGAUAAAUACGAUGUUAAGGAAAAAAUAGACGAUUCAAAACCGAAAUGGAAACGAAACCAUGGAGUCGAGACGAAUCUCUUUCCUUAACUCUUAAUAUUCACUCCGUUAGUGCGACGGAUCUGUACGAAUAUGAGUCCAAGGAUAAAACCAUGUAAGGUUAUCACGCAGCACUCGUGAAGAACCUCUACGAACUAAUAAUCUACGAAACACUCUCUAGACUUAUGCGUAGGAGUUUUUGCUGGUAUUUUGCUGGUAUUUUGCUGUGAAAAAGUUAAGAAAUGAAUGAAGAUGAGAGGCGAUAUUUAAAGAGACGGAGACGACCCACUUCCCGCAACAGCUGCUGCACGUGGGCGAGAAUCUCGCGGAGAUCGAGGGAAGUUGAGUUCCGAAACUUCUUCCUCAAGACUCUCUCUUAUCUCGUUUAAAAACUUUCGAGAGGAUAACAUGCAUGACGUUUUUAUUUUCUAGACAAACUACUUGUCGUUUUAAAUAAAAUUGUAUGCUGUUUUUUCCCGAAAUAAAUGGCAAAACGUUGGGCUUAACUUGGUCCAAAAAGAAUAGUUCUUAUCGGGCCAAAGGCCCUCCACCCAAGCCCAAGCCCAAGCCCAAGCCCAAGCCCAAGCCCACGCCGAGCCGAGCCGAGCCGAGCCGGCCGGACGGCGGCGGCGCGCGCGCGUGGGGAGCCAUCUCUUCCUCUAAGCCGUUUGAAACAAGAUAAGUGUAAUAGCAUAUAUAUACAACUCAUCCUUGGCUCUUGUAAUCGAUGUGGGAUGUUUCCCAAUCCUUCAUUAACUUAUAUCAUUUGCUUUGAUAACAACUGGCCCAUAGGCCCAUUUCUUUUCACACUUUCAUUAAACCCAUUUGGUUUAAAUUGAUCCAACA